AUGCAAAACUGGUGCAAUGUGAAACUCCAGGUGCUGCAAUCAAAGGGUGAUUUUAUCAGUGUAGGCAUAUGGCUUAUCCAAAAGCUCACCACAAUGAUACCUGGAAUUACUUUUGCCACAGUUUGUGCUCUAGCAUAUCUGAUGUUUUUCUCGGACGCCAUCAGCAAAAUGACAACGCGCAAAAACAUAAAAUACGAAUCGCACAUCACUCAAGCCGGCGGAUUACAUGUCUCACAAUUUCACGACCAUUAA